AUGUGCUUUCUAAGACGGCCAGGAGCAUCUGCAGGCUGGAUCUGGUGGAGGAUGCUGCGGCAGGUGAUACACAGAGGGCUCCAGUCGUUUUUCUACAAGCUGGGCUUAUUCGUGAGCAGGCAUCCGGUGUUUUUCCUCACUGUGCCCGCAGUCCUGACCAUCAUCUUCGGCUUCAGCCUGCUCAACCGCUUCCAGCCUGACACUGACCUGGAGAGCCUGGUAGCCCCCAGCCACAGCCUGGCCAAGAUCGAGAGGAGCUUAGCCAGCAGCCUUUUCUCCCUCGAUCAAUCCAAAAGCCAGCUGUAUUCGGACUUGCACACCCCGGGGAGGUAUGGCAGGGUGAUUCUCCUCUCCAAACCCGGAGGCAAUAUUUUGCAUCAGGCUGAUGUGAUCCUGCAGAUCCACCGAGCCGUGCUGGAAAUGAAGGUGAACUACAAAGGCUAUAAUUAUACUUUUUCCCAUCUGUGUGUGUUGAGAAAUCAGGAUAAGAAAUGCGUGCUGGAUGAUAUUAUUUCAGUGCUAGAGGAUCUGAGGCAGGCUGCCCUCUCCAAUAAGACAACAGCCAGGGUGCAAGUGAGCUAUCCCAACACUAAAUUAAAGGAUGGAAGGAGGAGUUUUAUUGGCCACCAGCUCGGAGGGGUCCUGGAAGUUCCAAACAGCAAGGACCAGAGAGUCAAAUCAGCCAGAGCCAUCCAAAUCACUUACUACCUCCAAACGUAUGGCUCUGUCACCCAGGACCUCAUUGGGGAGAAGUGGGAGAGUGAGUUCUGUAAACUGAUGCACAAGAUGCAGCUGGAUCACCAAGAUCUGCAGCUCUACUCACUGGCAUCCUUUAGCCUCUGGAAGGACUUCCACCAGACCAGUCUGCUAGCCAGGGGCAAGAUUUUGGUGAGCCUGAUGCUGAUUCUCCUGACUGCUACCCUCUCAAGCUCCAUGAAGGACUGCCUGCGUAGCAAACCUUUCCUGGGACUCUUGGGAGUGCUCACUAUCUGUAUUUCCAGUGUCACUGCGGCAGGGAUAUUUUUCAUUACUGACGGAAAAUAUAAUUCUACUCUGUUGGGAAUCCCUUUCUUCGCUAUGGGUCAUGGAACCAAAGGAGUAUUUGAACUUCUUUCAGGAUGGCGUCGAACCAGAGAGAAUCUGCCAUUCAAGGACAGAGUAGCAGAUGCCUACUCAGAUGUCAUGGUCUCCUACACAAUGACAAGCUCGUUGUAUUUCAUAGCCUUUGGCAUGGGUGCAAGUCCUUUCACCAACAUUGAAGCUGUAAAAGUAUUUUGCCAGAAUAUGUGUGUCUCCAUUCUGUUGAACUACUUUUAUAUCUUCUCCUUCUUUGGCUCUUGCCUGGUGUUUGCUGGCCAGUUGGAGCAGAACCGUUAUCACAGCAUCUUCUGCUGUAAAAUCCCUUCAGCAGAAUACCUGGAGCGGAAACCUGUGUGGUUCCAGACCAUGAUGAAUGAUGGUCAUCAGCAUACUUCUCAUCAUGAGACCAACCCGUACCAGCAUCACUUUAUCCAACAUUUCUUCCGAGAGCAUUACAAUGAGUGGAUUACCAAUAUCUAUGUCAAGCCAUUUGUGGUGAUACUGUAUCUCAUCUAUGCCUCUUUCUCCUUUAUGGGGUGCUUACAGAUUAAUGAUGGAGCCAACAUUAUCAACCUUCUUGCCAGUGAGUCUCCAAGCGUCUCCUAUGCCCUCAUACAGCAAAAGUAUUUCAGCAACUACAGCCCGGUGAUAGGUUUCUACAUUUAUGAACCUCUGGAGUACUGGAAUGGCACUGUGCAAGAGGACCUGAAAACACUAAGCCAAGGAUUCAAUACAGUGUCCUGGAUUGAACAGUAUUACCAAUAUCUUCGGGUGGGUAACAUCAGUGCAACUAACAAAAGUGACUUUAUCAGCAUUCUCCAGAGCUCAUUUUUAAAAAAGCCAGAAUUCCAGCACUUCAAAAAUGACAUAAUUUUCUCCAAAGCUGGAGAUGAGAACAACAUAAUUGCUUCUCGUUUGUACCUGGUUGCCAGGACUAGUGAAAACACACAGAGGGAGGCAAUAGAAUUGUUGGAGAAACUGAGGCCACUCUCUCUUAUACAGAGCAUCAAGUUCAUUGUGUUUAAUCCUACUUUUGUUUUCAUGGACCACUAUGGUCUAUCCGUAACUAUGCCUGUCCUGAUUUCUGGUUUUGGCAUCCUGCUGGUGUUAAUACUGACCUUUUUCCUGGUUAUCCAUCCUCUGGGAAAUUUUUGGUUAAUUCUCAGUGUCACCUCAAUAGAGCUGGGUGUCCUUGGCUUGAUGACCUUAUGGAAUGUAGACAUGGAUUGCAUUUCUAUACUGUGCCUUAUCUACACUUUGAAUUUUGCCAUAGAUCACUGUGCACCCCUGCUUUAUACAUUUGUACUAGCUACUGAGCACACUCGAACUCAGUGUAUAAAGAACUCUCUCCAAGAGCAUGGGACAGCCAUUUUGCAGAACGUUUCUUCUUUUCUUAUUGGGUUGGUCCCCCUUCUCUUUGUGCCUUCAAACUUGACCUUCACACUGUUCAAAUGCUUGCUGCUUGCCGGCAGUUGCACACUUCUGCACUGUUUUGUUAUUUUGCCUGUCUUCCUAACCUUUUUCCCACCUUCCAAAAAGCACCACAAGAAAAAGAAACGGGCCAAAAGGAAGGAACGAGAAGAAAUCGAAUGCAUAGAGAUUCAGGAGAAUCCUGAUCACGUUACAGCAGUCUGA